GGCUGACACAGGCUCUUAAAACCAGACGGGCCAGCCACAGCCUCUCCCUAGGCCUGAGGACACAGAGGGCUCACUGAACCCCAGAGAUGAAAGGCCUCCUCACACUGGCUUGGUUCCUGGCUUACAGUGUGCCUGCCGUGCCAGGGAGCUUGCUAGAACUGAAGUCCAUGAUCGAGAAGGUGACUGGGAAGAAUGCCCUGAUGCACUAUGGUUUCUAUGGCUGUUACUGUGGCUGGGGUGGCCAAGGGACCCCCAAGGAUGGCACUGAUUGGUGCUGUUGGAUGCAUGACCGCUGCUAUGGGCAGCUGGAGAGGAAAGGCUGCGAUACCCGAUCACAGUACUACAAUUACAGAGUCACACAGGGCCUGGUUACCUGCGAAUUCCAGUCUUUUUGCCCAAUGCAGCUCUGCUCCUGUGACCAGAAGCUUGUCUACUGCCUGAAGAGAAACCUGUGGAGCUACAAUCCUAAUUACCAGUAUUUUCCCAACGUCUUCUGCAGUUAGUCGCCCUCAGUGAGCAGCCACAGACAUCAUGCCACCUUGGCGACUGGUGUCAUCCUCUUCUACAGCACAGGGGUUGCCUUCUGCAAGAUGCUCAGACCUCAUUCUUUCUCUGAGUUCCAUUGGGGUGGGAGGAGCCCCAUGGCCACACUUCACCUUCUAGAGGAUCCUGAGAGAGUAACUCUGCUCAAUGACUUGGCAAGGUCCCAGGGACUCUGGGCCUCCACUUGUUUGGUCAGCCCCUCAGGAGGAGCCAGGGCUGCAUUUCGUUUUAAACUUCUGUGGUGAGAUUAUCACCAUCCCCUCCAGGGAAUUUUCACUCAAGUAGAAGCAAAUUGACUCCAUAAAUCUGCUACAUAGAUAUUAAAUAUAAUUCAUUCUCAAGGCUAAUAAAAACCACACAGCUAUUUUCUCUGCUGUGGAGGUUUGCCUGGGGCUCUUUCUCUGCCAUCAAACCCUAAGCCCAAAGUUAGUUGCAUUCACUCAGAGACAGAGGGAAAAUGAGUAACAGAGGGAGGAUUUUUGGAAUGGGCUUCAGGCCUUCUCUUGGGCUCAUUUCCUUUAACCUGGGCUCCUCCAAUCCAAGCGCUGGGUCUCACUCUUCCUCCAGAAGAUGUGGGGAAGAUAACUGGCAGCCCAUGUUCUGCCAACUUGGGCUUCUGGGCAGCAUCAAAUCCCAGAUGGCUUCUCCAGAGACAUGGCCUUGGGUCCAUUACUUAACUUCUCUGAUUUUCAAUCUCUUUGAAAAAGCAAUUGUCAUGUUCCUUGCAAGGUGAAUUGAGGCUCUUAACACCCAUUUUGAUGUGGAUUCAGGGGAUGCCAAGGCUCUGGGAUUUCAUUACACCAGAAUUUUUUUUUAAACUAGCAACUAUGGGGUUUAUUUUUACCAAGUAAGGACACUUAAAUGCCCAACUCAUCUAUCAAUUUACAAAAGAAAGGGCGUUCUGAUACCAAGACUACAGGCAGAAAGGUCAUAUUCCAAAACAAAAGAGAAUCCUUUCCAAGAAAGGAUAGUUGGCUUCUGUCCACUGACAUACCCAAAAAUAACCCCAUGAUAAAUGGGAUCUAUACUCACAAACUUUCA